AUGCUGUCGAUAAUUCCAUUGAGUAAUUAUAGCUCGCUUGAGCAUUGUGAGGCCUAAGCUUCAAGUGGUUAGCUCGGACAUUGUCGGAAUGCCAAUCACGUGAAAACCACUAGUGUCAUUGCUAGUGCCUUGACAACGAGGGAUUUGAGCUCUAAAAGUUCUAGUUCUUUAGGCAAAACCAAUACGGAAUCUUAUGAAUAACCAUUGAAGCUUAACUAUCUCCAUGUACGUUCCCACAGACAGACAUUAUCAAGAAGAAAGUACAGUUGAACUCCGGGCCUAAAAAGACUCGAUCAAUAAAAUCCGGUAUAAACGGUAUGUCAGAGUUUAACGACAACUUCGCCCGAUGUCUUUUUAAAUUUUAUAAAUUUAUCAUCUGAUUGAUUUGUAGCGAGGAUAUGCAAAGCUUUUGUUUACAAUUUGGUGCCGGAUGUCACGGCUUGAAGAAUUUUGUAAGCCGAUCAUCUUGAUCGGACCUCGAGAGGCAAGUAAGUGCUGGAGGUCGAAUCACAUAGCUAUAGUUAGUAUAUAUAACCUUUCGGGAUCAUCGAACUUUUGAUCUUAAGUUAUAGAUUCUGGGGAGUGGUUGAACCCCGUUUAUCAGCUCGUUGGUUCAUCCGUGUUACGGCGGAACUCUGAAGUUUUGGUCGGAAUUCCAGGAGUCAUCGGAAUUCCGUACUCACAUACAAAACUGAGACUUUACAGAGAGUGACCGGGAAAAGUGGGAUUAUGGUAUAGAAGAAGCUGGCACAGCGAGGUUCUAUUGUAACGUGUUGUCGUCUGGUUGCGUACAAAAACCAGGGAUCGCAUUCAAAAAAUCGUUUCAUAAAUCCGUACAACCCGCUGGUAAACUGUCGAUGAGUCUAAAUCUACCAAACAGUGACCACUUUCCGGCGGCGAUGUUCGCUACCCAGACGUCAUCAUGCUUGAAGUUACAUAUCUUCAAGACUUUACAGUCUCAUGCUGGCAAAACGUCGGUCUCAGACGAUCAGGAUUGCUCACCCAUCUUACCCAUUAAAUAGUCCUCAUGGCACUUUUCGUAAUUACAUGCCGUCAAUCUGAUACAUCCUUUUUUUCACGAACAGCGAAGUCCAAAUAAAGAUUGUAUAACAGUGAAUCGCAGAAAUCGGUGGAUGAGUCUUCUCAGUUGAUAACAUCAUCCACACCCCAUCCUUUUAGAGAUGGGUUCUAAGACGAUAACUUUGGGAGUCCUAACUCUAGUUCUUGGUGUUUUCUACCAAACAAUCCUGAAAGACUGGUUGUAUCUCAACUUCGGAAUAGGACGAACCUAUACCCAUCUCGAAGACUAUCAUUACAAAUGUCGACGACUUGAACAUCCUCUUCUAUCUGCUUGCGAAGAUCUCUUUCUUGAUUAUGAGGGUCGAGCAGUAUAUGCUGCCUGUUCAACAGUCGAAAGCCGAAGGGGCUGGAUUCCUGGGUGAGUCAAUAUGUGGUUUUCGUAUAUUACAUGAAUUCUCACAAAACGUUUAGGGGAAAUCAUUACAAUGUAUCUCAGAGAACUUUGGAAGAUCACGUGUCGGUACUCAAGAUUGAUGAGCCAGGAGAGGAUGGAUUCUAUGGUCUUCAUCAGCUAGAGAUUACCGGAGGGUACAAGGGUGUAGAUCAUCAUAACUCUAUUGAUGUUCACGGGUUCGACGUCGAAAUUUUGCCCGAUUCCCGGCGCAGAUUUUGGAUGAUCAAUCACAGACCCCCUGUGGAUGAAUCGGAAAACUUUCUUGAUGCAACAAAGCUCGGAGCAAACUCAACUGUGGAAGUUUUUGACUUGGUUCCAGGAUCUAAAAACCUCGAGUUUGUUAAGACCGUUGCCAAUCCAAUCAUCAAUACCCCAAACAACAUUGCUGCCACUGGGGAUGGUGGGUUCGUAUUCUCGAACGAUCAUCCAGCUAAAACCGGAUUUGUAAGUAGACUUUGAAGAUGAACAUUCUCUUUAUUAUUUCGCUCAUUUAUGUAUAGAUUCGCUCAUUGGUUAAAAUGAUUGGGGGAGGGAAUAUUGCCAUGUGUGAGCCUGACAAUAAAUGUCAUUCUGGCCCCUCCAAUCGAUUCCCCAAUGGUAUAGUUCAAGGACAAGACGGGCUCUACUAUGUAGCCUCAAGUAUGAAAGGGAAGAUUUCUGUCUACUCUCUGGAAGCCAACCAUACUUUUACCCACAUUGACGAGAUCGAUCUCCGCACCGUUAUAGACAAUCUAUCUGUGGAUGCCAAUGGCGACAUUUUAGCUGCUGGAUUCUUAGACGUUCGAAAGGUUCACAAAUCGCUAGUAGAUCCUACUGUCGGCGCUCCUAGUGCGGCUUUUAGGAUACGUAAGCUUGAUACUGAGGAUGGAGGGUGGAAAUAUGUGGUUACAAAGAUUCUAGAGGAUAUUGAUGCUAAGGUUUUGUCAGCUGCUACUUCGGUGGUACAUGAUCCUAAAACGGGACAGUUAUUCUUUGGUUGUCUUACUGCGCCUUUUAUUGUCGUUUGCGAAAAAGUUUAGGUCAUUUAUCCCGGAUAUUGCAAUACACGGUCAUGCAACGUAUCUGUUGAACGUCAUGAAACAACCUCACGGAGAGAGCCGGACUACAAGCGAGGGUCAAGUCGCUCCUCCUUUAAGAUAAAUAGUCUCCUCCUCAAAGUGUAGCAAUUAAGAAUGAGUAAUACACAGUACUAUUAAAGUACUAUAAGAAUAAUGUCGCGGAAGUGAUAC